CGGGAAGCCAGCGAGGUCGGUUCCGCCCGACUCCAACAUGGCGGCGCCCUUUGUCUGCUCUGAAGUGCUGUCCCCGGCCUCCUCGCGGCCGUGAUGCACCUCCCUCUGCGGUGGGGUCCAGGACAUGGCAGGUAAUGAGCUGGAGGAGGAGCGCCAAGCUGGAGUUGCCCCAGACAAACUGUCAGAACAGAGUAGCCUGGGCUACUUGGAAAUCUGAGCCAUGGAUUUUCCCCAGCACAGCCAGCAUGUCUUGGAGCAGCUGAACCAGCAGCGGCAACUGGGGCUUUUGUGUGACUGCACUUUUGUGGUGGAUGGUGUUGACUUUAAGGCUCAUAAAGCAGUGCUGGCGGCCUGCAGCGAGUACUUCAAGAUGCUCUUCGUGGACCAGAAGGAUGUGGUGCACCUGGACAUCAGUAACGCGGCAGGUACCCCACUGGGUCCAGGGCCGAGCUUGUGGCGGGCCCCGUGCCACGUGAGGCCCUCCUUUGCACGGCACCUUCCAGCUGUGGGGUGCGCCAGACCUCCCACACAAGACUCGGCCAUGAGCCUGGGGCAGGUGCUGGAGUUUAUGUACACGGCCAAGCUGAGCCUGAGCUCUGAGAACGUGGACGAUGUGCUGGCUGUGGCCAGCUUCCUGCAGAUGCAGGACAUCAUCACGGCCUGCCAUGCCCUCAAGUCACUGGCUGAGCCGGCUGCCAGCCCUGGGGAGAGUAUGGAGGCCUCGGCCUUGGAAGUGGGGGACAAGAGAGCCAAAGAAGAGAAGGCUGUUGCCACGACACUGAGUGAGCUGGACCUGGCCAGAAGCAGUCCACCCACGGGCCUGGGCAGGGAGCCCAAAGAGGAGCGAGGCGGCCAGGCCGAGAGCACAGCCAGCGGUGCAGAGCAGACGGAGAAGGCCGAUGCCCCCCGGGAGCCUGCGGAGCUCAAGCCGGACCCCACGAGUGGCAUGGCUGCUGCUGAGGCCGAGGCUGCCUUGUCAGAGAGCUCAGAGCAAGAGAUGGAGGUGGAGCCAGCCAGGAAGGGAGAAGAACGAGAGGAGGAGGGCGCCGUGCCCACGGUGGUCAAGGAAGAGGGUCCGCCGCUGGAAAAGGGCGAGGCCCCCGAGGAGAGCGAGGAGUCGGCCAGCACGGACUCGGGCCAGGAGCUCGGCGCGGAGGCGCGGGGCCUGCGCUCGGGCACCUACGGCGACCGCACGGAGUCCAAGGCCUACGGCUCCGUCAUCCACAAGUGCGAGGACUGUGGGAAGGAGUUCACGCACACGGGCAACUUCAAGCGGCACAUCCGCAUCCACACGGGCGAGAAGCCCUUCUCGUGCCGGGAGUGUAGCAAGGCCUUCUCCGACCCGGCCGCCUGCAAGGCCCACGAGAAGACCCACAGCCCGCUGAAGCCAUACGGCUGCGAGGAAUGCGGCAAGAGCUACCGGCUCAUCAGCCUGCUGAACCUGCACAAGAAGCGGCACUCGGGCGAGGCGCGCUACCGCUGCGAGGACUGCGGCAAGCUCUUCACCACGUCGGGCAACCUCAAGCGGCACCAGCUGGUGCACAGCGGCGAGAAGCCCUACCAGUGCGACUACUGCGGCCGCUCUUUCUCCGACCCCACGUCCAAGAUGCGCCACCUGGAGACGCACGACACCGACAAGGAGCACAAGUGCCCUCACUGCGACAAGAAGUUCAACCAGGUGGGGAACCUGAAGGCCCACCUGAAGAUCCACAUCGCCGACGGGCCCCUCAAGUGCCGGGAGUGUGGGAAGCAGUUCACCACCUCAGGGAACCUGAAGCGGCACCUUCGGAUUCACAGCGGUGAGAAGCCCUACGUGUGCGUCCACUGCCAGCGGCAGUUCGCUGACCCCGGCGCCCUGCAGCGGCACGUCCGCAUCCACACAGGUGAGAAGCCAUGCCAGUGUGUGAUGUGCGGCAAAGCCUUCACCCAGGCCAGCUCCCUCAUCGCCCACGUGCGCCAGCACACCGGGGAGAAGCCCUACGUCUGCGAGCGCUGCGGAAAGAGAUUCGUCCAGUCCAGCCAGCUGGCCAAUCACAUCCGCCACCACGACAACAUCCGCCCUCACAAGUGCAGCGUGUGCAGCAAGGCCUUCGUGAACGUGGGGGACCUGUCCAAGCAUAUCAUCAUCCACACUGGAGAGAAGCCUUACCUGUGUGACAAGUGCGGUCGCGGCUUCAACCGGGUGGACAACCUUCGUUCCCAUGUGAAGACUGUGCACCAGGGCAAGGCAGGCAUCAAAAUCCUGGAGCCAGAGGAGGGCGGUGAGGUCAGCGUGGUCACCGUCGAUGACAUGGUCACGCUGGCCACUGAGGCACUGGCGGCAACGGCCGUCACUCAGCUCACAGUGGUGCCAGUGGGGGCGGCGGUGACCGCAGAUGAGACGGAAGUACUUAAAGCCGAGAUCAGCAAAGCUGUGAAGCAAGUGCAGGAGGAAGAUCCCAACACUCACAUCCUCUACGCCUGUGACUCCUGUGGAGAUAAGUUCCUGGAUGCCAACAGCCUGGCCCAGCACGUGCGGAUCCACACGGCCCAGGCGCUGGUCAUGUUCCAGACGGAUGCGGACUUCUACCAGCAGUACGGGCCAGGCAGCACGUGGCCGGCCGGGCAGGUGCUGCAGGCUGGGGAGCUGGUCUUCCGCCCUCGGGAUGGGGCUGAUGGGCAGCCGGCCCUGGCAGAGACACCUCCCACAGCCCCUGAAUGUCCACCAUCUGCUGAGCUCGGUGUGAGAAUCGGACCUCCCCUCUCCACCCCUCUCCGCUGUGGAGCCACGGCUGUGACCCUGUGCCCUUGUGUUGGGAGCUGGGCCCACAGGGCUUGGCCACAACUGCUUACCAGGAUCCAGGCCACCCGUAGAGAGCCCAGCUCGGGGGCCCAUUCAGCCAGAACAGCAAGCUUGUCCCCAGCAGCUGUAAUUCCUCACCCGGAGAUGGUACCAUCUCGCACCGAAAGCAUAGCUCUAUUUGGAGGAGCCCCAGGGAGAUACUGCAAGUGAGACCAGCAACUUUGUGGUCCUUGUGUCCCCGUCCCCCACGCCCAACUCCCCAGCUUGUGGUGGGUCCAGCUGCUGGGGAAGCUUGGCCCACCAGUGCCAUCCUGCUACUGGGAGGCAGCUGCUGCAGGGCCAGCCUGCACCACACCCGGAGGAGGAAGGGACAAGAGGCAAGACCCCAGAGCUUCCUUAAGGUGUUUCUGAGUUUGAGUGGGAGGUGGCUUUAUUCUUUAAUCAAUCAAAUUUGAAGUGCCUUCGACAUUACGCAGGAGCCGAUCGGGACCUUGAAGUGUCAGAAAAACACCACAGCACUGAAAAAUAGUUCAAGUUCAGUCUGUGAUGAAAAUCUUCUUUUGUACAAGAUAAAACGAUCCUUGGGGAGGAUCAGUGGCAGAAAGGAAAUAACAGGUUCCAUAUACAGACGUGGUGGGGGGUUGAAAGCAAAAGUGGGACGAAGGCUAGCUGUUCCCAUAAGCCAAGGACCCCUGGUCCUCCCAUCCAAGUGACAAUCACAUCCACACUUGACAUGUUCUGUAUUUUUUAAUAAAGUUUGUAAUCCAAUGGACACACAAAACAAAA